UCUUCAGGUCUGAGGAGAGGGAGUCAACAGAAGUCUCUGGAGUUAUUUCCCCUUUUUGCUCUCAGUCUGUGAGGAUGGAGUUGGAAGUCUAAACAGCUGGAGCCUGCAGAGUUCCUACUGAACCCCUCACCAAAAACUCCCCGAUCUCUCCGGCCAUCCCGUCAGCACACUAUCAUGAAGCUCUGGGUUGUGCUUUGCCUGGUACUGCUCUGUUUGGAGCUCCAAAAUGGCGUCUGCCAGCAAGUCAAGCGCAGAAAAGACGUAGGAGAGAACCGCAUCCGUCCAAGUGGGAAACGGAUGAAGGUGCGACACCCCAAACUAAAAGAUGGAGGUGUGAAAGGCCAGUCCCUGUUAACCCAGGUUUUGGAUAAGGGACGCUUCCUGCGUCUGGGCCAGACCACUACUCUGACUCCUGGGAGGAACAUGGAGCUGCGCUGCAAAGGCAGUUCCAUCGGGUGGUCGUACCCGACCUACCUGGACACCUUCAACGACUCGCGCCUCAGCAUCAAGCAGAGUGACAAGUACAGUCAGCUGAUCCUGACGUCGCCCUCUGCUGCUGACACGGGGCCCUACAGCUGCUGGGUGAUCGUGUGUGACGGCACAGAGUGCGAGAAGGACCACGAACGCGCCUACGUCUCAUACAUCUAUUUCACAGACAGAGACAACCUCUUCGUCCCCUCUGCCAUCCACUUUGAGAUCGUGUACCUGCGCCCCGACAGGCCCUCCGUGGUUCCCUGCCGCGUGACCGACCCGCAGGCCAAGGUGUCCCUGCACAGAGAAGUCCCUCCGGAGGAGAUCAUGACCAACGGCACGCAGGUGACCUACGACCCCACCAAGGGGUUUGUCCUGCAGAGCCCCAGCCAAGAGCAUCAGGGGGUCUUCUACUGCAAGGCCGUGACCAGGGGCACCCCGCAGAUCUCCACAAAGUACCAGCUGCUCUAUGUGGAGGUUCCUAGUGGAGCACCAUUUGUGAGCCUCGAAGCCUCUCCGCAGACUGCGACAGGAGGCGACAACAUCAAUGUGACCUGCACAGCGCUGGGGGAGCCGGAGGUGGACGUGAGCUUCACCUGGACUUUUCCUGGUCAGGACCGUCGCCCAGUUCACAUCCAGACUUCCUGGAGGCUGGUUAACAGAGGUUUGAGCCACACCACACGGGUCUCCCAGAGCGUCAUGACUGUAGAGGAUAUGGAGACCAUCGACUUUGGAAACUACAUCUGUAAAGCUAAGAACCAGCACGGCGAGACAAUCGUGACGACUAGUAUCAUCUCCAAUUAGCCCCGGCAACACGGCAACCAGCAAGACCCGACGAAAUCGACAUGUAUAUACAUAAAAAUGUGUGUAUUUUUAGAUCCCAGAUUGUGAUAACAAUAAAGAUUUGCUACAUCUUU